GGGCCAGUGGCCGUGGCUGGGCCGGGAAGGCGGAGGAAGCGGUCGGGCUGGUGGGGAGCCGGAGCGGGCUUGAGUGGGGGCGGCCACCGUCGGUGGUGGCACUGGGAGGGAGCCGGCCAUGGAUGCCACCACGCUGGAGCUGGACGCGGUGAAGUUCGCGCAGCUGGCGGUGCAGCGGGACCAGAGUGGGCGCUACCAGGAAGCGGUCUUCUACUACAAGGAAGCUGCACAAGCCUUGAUUUAUGCUGGGAUGGCAGGGUCCAACUUGGAAAAUAUUCAAGAAAAAAUAAAUGAGUACUUGGAGAGAGUUCAAGCUCUCCAUUCAGCAGUUCAGCCACAGAACACAGACCCUCUGAAGUCAAAACAACAGUUGGACUUGGAGCGUGCUCACUUCCUAGUUACACAGGCUUUUGAUGAAGAUGAUAAAGGCAAUGCAGAAGAAGCUAUAGAGUUGUACACAGAAGCGGUGGAACUCUGUUUGAAAACAGCUACUGAAACUUCAGAAGCAGGCCUCCAGUCAAAGCUGAAACAGUUGGCUCGACAAGCACUGGAUAGAGCAGAGGCACUGAAGGAAUCUGUGUCAAAGUCAUCGCAGAAGGAGAAGUCAACUGCAGCUAAACCAAAUCAGCCAGUCAGAACCUUCUUUCCACUGGGACCUGAUUUUUCUUUAAAUGAUAAACCACAGACAAUCAGAGCAGUACAAGCUAGUGAAUCUCAUGGUCAGAGAUACACCGUGCAGGAGAUUGAAGUACUCAGGAAAACUUCAAAAAUUAAUGGCAUUGAAUAUGUACCUUUUAUGAGUGUUGAUCUGAGGGAACGUUUUGCCUUCCCUAUGCCAUUUUCUGAUAAAUACGGGAAGUUACCGUUAUCCCCCAAACAGAAAGCUAUGUUUGCCAAGUGGGUGCGACCAGAUGAUAUAACAAAUAACCCUACGAUGAUUUAUACUGUAUCAAGUUUCAGCAUAAAGCAGACAAUAGUGUCAGAUUGUUCUUUCGUGGCAUCACUAGCUAUCAGUGCAGCAUAUGAAAGAAGAUAUAACAAAAAAUUGAUCACCAGUAUCAUUUACCCUCAGAAUAAGAAAGGAGAACCGGAAUAUAACCCAUGUGGCAAAUACAUGGUGAAGCUUCAUAUCAAUGGUGUACCUAGAAAGGUAAUCAUAGAUGACCAGUUACCUGUUGAUCAUAGUGGGGAACUUCUCUGCUCUUACUCUAACAAUAAGAAUGAAUUGUGGGUAUCACUAAUAGAAAAGGCUUACAUGAAAGUCAUGGGAGGAUAUGAUUUUCCUGGAUCGAAUUCCAAUAUUGAUCUCCAUGCACUGACUGGUUGGAUACCUGAAAGAAUUGCUAUGCACUCUGACAAUCAAGCUUUCAAUAAAGAUAGUACUUUCAGAAUGCUUUAUCAGAGAUUUCACAAGGGAGAUGUCCUUAUCACAACAGCAACAGGGGUGAUGUCUGAAGAGGAAGGAGAAAAAUGGGGUUUGGUUCCAACCCAUGCAUAUGCCGUCUUGGAUAUAAGAGAAUAUAAGGGACUUAGAUUUCUUCAGCUGAAAAAUCCCUGGAGCCACUUACGUUGGAAGGGACGAUACAGUGAAAAUGACACAAGGAAUUGGACCCCAGAUUUACAAAAAUACUUGAACUUUGAUCCAAGAACAGCUCAGAAAAUAGACAAUGGCAUCUUCUGGAUUGCCUGGGAGGACCUGUGCCAGUACUAUGAUGUUAUUUAUCUGAGUUGGAACCCAAGUCUUUUUAAAGAAUCUACGUGUAUUCACAGCACUUGGGAUGCAAAGCAAGGCCCUGUGAAGGAUGCCUACAGCCUGGCUAACAACCCGCAGUACAAGCUAGAGGUCCAGUGCCCACAGGGUGGUGCUGCCGUCUGGGUUCUGCUCAGCAGGCACAUCACAGAUAAGGAUGACUUUGCACACAAUCGGGAGUUCAUUACAAUGGUUGUAUACAAGACUGAUGGCAAAAAAGUUUACUAUCCAGCUGAUCCUCCUCCAUAUAUUGAUGGUAUUCGGAUCAACAGUCCUCAUUAUCUGACCAAAAUAAAGCUGACCUCUCCAGGACCCCAUACGUUUACCUUAGUGGUGUCCCAGUAUGAGAAACAAAACACUAUCCAUUACACAAUCAGGGUGUAUUCCUUGUGCAAGUUCACCUUUUCCCAGAUUCCUACACCUUACACCAUUUCCAAACGGGUUAAUGGACAGUGGAAAGGUCACAGUGCUGGAGGAUGUGGAAAUUUCAGAGACACAUACAAAAAUAACCCCAUUUAUCAAUUCCAGCUGGACAAGAAUGGGCCAUUACUAAUUGAGCUACGGGGACCAAGGCAAUACAGUGUUGGCUUUGAACUCAUCACGGUCUCAACAGUAGGAGAUCCUGGUUCCUACGGCUUUCAGAAAAAAAGCAGUGGUGACUACAGGUGUGGCUUUUGCUACUUGGAAGUGGAGAACAUAUUUUCUGGAGUUUACAACAUUAUCCCCACCACAUUUCUGCCUCAACAAGAGGGUCCUUUUUUCUUAGAUUUUAACAGUGCUACUCCUCUUAAGGUAUUACAGCUGCAGUGAAGAGACAGAUCUGCGCGUAACUGUUUGAGGUGUUUUUGAUCUGAGAACAGGACAACUCUUACUACACAUAUGCAUAAAAGAAAAUUACAUUCUAAGGUUGUAGCCAAAAGCAUGAAAUUACUGAUUUGCCAGUUAAUUGUGGUAGACAGCUGUGGGUUUUGCUGCUAUGGUAUUGGAGUGAGCACUAUUCAACAGGCUUGUGAACAGGCUAAAACGCUUAUAUGCAAAUGAACUGGCAAAACUCUAUUGCAGAUUUUUCCACACUUCAAAUCAAAGUUUAGUGAGUUAAGAGUAAAACUACCAUUGAAAUUCUCUUCUCCCAAAAUACCAGGGUAUAAGGGUUUAAGACUUUAUGCUUAAAAGUAAACAUGUAAGGCAAAAAGUAUUGUGUAUUCUGCUUAUUCAGUCUCAGGACCAAAUAGCUUUUACUACAUAUUUGAGCUGCUAUCUUGAAUGUUUUCAGCAUUGAACUAGUUCUCACAACUAAAUGUAAGUUUACUACUGCUGAGCAUAUACUAUUCCAAACUAACACGUUCAGCUUAUCUAGAAUAUGUACAUAGGAAUAAAGGAAAAGGAAUAUUCCGGCUUUAGCCAUUUCUGAAAGAAAAGCAAUGGCUUUUUCACUUGUGCUACAUGUACUUUGAGAGCUGUUAAUUUCAUAUCUGUAUUACUUUAGUACAUAAUAAUAUUAUAGCACAAAGUACUAUGGCUUUCUUCCUACUAGCUGUAAUCCAGAUCAGCAGUGAAAACAGGAGGUUAGCCAGCAGUCGCACACAGACAGUGCCGCCUGCCCUUUGUUCAGCAGGUGUGAAAGGUUCUCAUUGAAGGGUGCACUGUAAAGAGUCUCUGCACCUACUGAGGUAGUGAACCACCCACCAUCAGCAUCCCAGCAAAGAAAUGUUUUAUUCUCAUAAUUUUUAAAAAUAUUCAGCCUGUAGGGGAAGGAUCAUUUAAACCGCUCCCCCUAAUAAACCAUGGCUGUAAGAAAUGCACUUGCCGAUCCCAUUAUACAAGACUUCUUUGAAAAGAUACCUUUCUCCUUGUAAGAUGAAACCAGUGAAUGAAUUGAACACGUGGCCAGUGUUGUCAACAGAAGUAGGGUCAGAGUUCUCAAGAAAAUUGUGGAAUUUGCAGAACAAGAUUUUUUUAGAAGCCCAAUAUAUGUGCUCUUCCUCUGGAAGAUCUAUAUAUGUUGUAUCUGAAGGUACCUAAAGGUAACAGAGCUUUUAAUUUAAAAGUACUAACUGCCUCACAGAUUCUAAAUGCAUUAUUUUUUGUUGUCCUAAAUUUUGGCAGACUUAAAAUUCCACUAUAUUUGACAGCUGGGGGAGAGGGUGUUUUAAAAACAGCUAUAGGAAGUUCUUUGCCAGUUCAGAGGGUUUGGCAUUUUUCCAAGCAUAAAGGUAGCAUUUUCUUAUUUUAGAGCACAGGUGCCAUUUGGUCAUUGGGAAACUGAGCACACGUGCUACAGGAGCACCAGAAAUACCUGUGGGCUAAAAUGAUUACCAUAAAAGUUUGCUAUUAGCCCUCUCCAGAAAGUACAAGAUACGCUUGUUUCAUUUCCUUCACCAGACAGCUGCUUAACAAAUGUCUAGCUUUCAAAGGGCACUGAAGGCACAUGCCUCUCUGACUGCACUUCUCUCAAAGACCAUCUGGGCUAGAAAAUUUACGACAAGUGUGUCAGUGUGACUUACCUUUUUUUUGCAAGGAAGUUUCUGAUGAUUAUUGCCACAAAUCAACAGAGGGAACGGCGUGGGUACAAGCUGAGUGAAAAACAGAUGGGGUUCUUUGUUGUUCUCCUUGGCUUUUGGAGUAUGUGCCAAGGCCUGCUUCAGCCCUACAAAAUUAAAAUUUCAUACCACUCAUGUUUUCCCUACAACUUUGUGUUAAGUUUCUAGCUCAGACUAAACCAGAGUAGUAAUGGCUCCUGCAUAUAUUUUAUCACCUAUGAAGUUAGAGAUAAUUAGGAAGUCUCAGCUGAGUAUCUUUUUGACAGCACAAAAGGCAGAUGCCAGAACUGCCAGCUUUCAGUACUAAGUUCUUGCACAUCCUCUGCUAUUUGGGAUCAAGCUGGUAGACUUGCCUACAGUAAAAUCUGUUGUUGUUCUUCCGUAGUUUGUUUCUACUCUGCAGGAGGGGGGGUUCUGUCUCUUACACACACACACACCCCAAUUCUGGAUGAAACAAGCAUAAGGCUCAGCUUCCAUACUGUGCUAAACUAAAAGCAAUGAAUAUACUCACUCUCUCUUAAUGCCAGGGCAAGGCAUUAAGGCCAAAGGAUCCUAUCUGUACCAGGAUACACUAACAUGUUUUACACAUUACAGUACAGUCAGGGGAUUUGGCUUAUCCCCAUAAAUGCACAGGAUUUAAGCCUUAGUGUCAGUGUCCUUUAUAACACAAGUCCUAUUCAAAUAUUGCACCGAUUAGCUACAAGAAUACCACGCUGUACGUUUCCUUUCAGAUAUAGGGCAGAAUACUCAGGUGGAGUAUUUAAAAGGAAAUACAAAAUAGUCUCAAAAAUUCUAGUCUACAGGUUCUGGUUGUGGCAAAUGAGUUUUACAACAAAGCUUUCUUAGGAAGAAAAGUUCAUGUAAGCACUUAUGACUUGCUUUGAUAUUUUCUGUCAAAUACAUGCUUCUGUAUUUUUUUUUCUAUAAGUAAAUCUGGAAAAAUUACUUGAAAGUGAAUUAAUCCUUAGAUUUUUCAACAGCCUCAGGUCAAUAUCUAGGUUAAGCCUUUCUUUGCCCUAUACCAUUUAGCAUUUUUUGAUCCAUAUGACAUACAAUAAUUCCAUGACUGUAUCAGCAUCUAAUGUGAUGCAGCAAGACUUUCAGAAAGGAAUAAGGCUGCAUGUGCAAAAAUUUAAAUAGCUGCACAACAGCUCAGGCUAUUACAAAUGUACAUUGGUCAUUAUGAUGCACCUCUUGACCCUUAAGUCUUCUCUGCCUGUAAACGUGUAAUUCAGGUUUUUAAACAUUAAAAUAGAAAGACUCAUAAAACAUACCAUCAAGCAUCCCACACGCAUAAAUUGUUUGUCAGACACUGUACAAAAUGAGGGUGAUAACUGACAAAACAAAAGCCAGUUGCUUUAAGGGUCUGUAAGAGGAUUUACACUUUCUUCAAUUCACUAAGGAAAGACUACUUACAAAGAAAUUAUUUUUAAUUUUCUAUCAGUGGCACAGAGGGAUAACUAGAGAUUGCCUCUUCAGAAGUUCUGACAUUCUCCUCACAUGCUGCACAACCUUUCCUGUGUGGUUUAUUUUAAAAAAAAAAAACAAACCAAAACCCAACACACCUUCUUUGAAGCUGCAUACAAGACCCCAUAAUGCUGCUAUUUAUAGUUCAGGACAAGACACACACCCCAAAGCCCACGCAUCCCCCAGUUUGUUUUAUUAGGGAGGCAACAAGUUAGUCCUCCAUUAGUCCAAGCCAUCAGCUCUCAAAGACUCAGUGAGAGGUCAUGCCAUAGAUGAAUGGUAUGAGCAGCUUCCAUCCCAUCUGCCCCAUGCGUCUGAGAUUCAGUUCUAGUUCCCUGAUGCAAGUUUCUUGUGACUUUUGUAAAGCAGUUAUGCACUUGACCAUAUAAUCUAUGUGGUAUUUGAACAGCCGAUUAUUUAGAAUUAAGUUUAUGUACACACAGUAGAGGGUUUUGACAUGCAGUCAGCGAGGACAUUUAAAUUGUUUGAUAAUACCAAAGAGAAGCAGAAUUCCUAGGUUAACAUCAUUGUUUAUACAUUCUCACUUCAGGGCAGCUGAAGUGAUCACGUGUACUUUGAUACAUCAGAAGCUUAUUUUUAUAUCCAUGAAGGCAGCUACCAUAGUGUCACACUUCAGAAUGCACAAAGAGCUCCAACAGAAAAGUAGCUGGAGAAAGCUUGUUCAUUUGCCUGUACUCCAUAGUGAUGUGUGUUCAUUUAAGUUUGUCAUAUUUAUCAUUACGGCUUUUAUGAAGUUUAAAAUAAAAUGAGUUUUCCAUUAAUUUAUUAGA